AUGGAAGAAUUCUACAACCAGAUACGCAAAUGGUAUGAACCGACUCGACACGCCGGGCUGUUCCCCGAACAAAUGGAGAAGAUGUUAAACGAGGGCGCUCGCCGGGGUGGAAUCCGGAAGGAGUCGGAUCUACGCGGUAAUACAUGUAAUUUGCAUUCGUACACCGCCAAGAUCGCGAGCCUCCCUCAGAUCAGCGAAUUCAGUAGAUCUAACACAGAAGUGGCCUUAGAUCUUAAAAGAGGAGAGUCCCGGGAUAUUGGAAACGUCAUGCACCGGGGAAAUGAGAGAGCGAUCCUGAUCCUGGAUUCUGGUGUUGAGGUAUCAAUCGUGGAUAUCACCUUUGCUCGUAAGGUGGGAUGUAAUUUUGACACUAGUCUGAGACAGGAAUGUGUGGGAAUCGGUGAUAAUGUAUAUACUACGGAAGGAAGAACCAGGAUCAAGAUCACGUUAGCGGGAUAUCUGAUCUGGAACGGAGACCUAUCAGGACAGAAUGGGAUCCUAGGCAUGGAUUUCAUGGUCCCGGCCAGUGUGCGAAUGGACCUCGCUGACGGAUUGAUGCGUCUGCCUGACGAGGUCGGAAUACCACUUAAUGGUCGUAAGAGACUUGAGAUCAGUGAUCCUCGAACGAAGUCUGCGAAUCCCGGUUGGUCGGUCGGAAGAGACAGCGGCGAGGAUAAAAUUGUCGGCCACAGAGGAGAACGAUGGGUACCGACAGUGACGGAAGGCCCCGGUCGGAUCCGCUACCUGGUGAUCUCGAACAUUGGAGAAGAGAUCCUCCGGCUGGACCACCGUCUGGACGUUGGUAUGAUACUGGAUCAGGACAAAGUACCCGAUCCCCAGGAUUCGAGUCCGUCGGGUCACGACGCUACCGGGAAUUGCAGAAUCUGGCAUUGGAAUCGACGGUGGAUACUAGAUCAGAGCCUCCAGAACUUAUGGAGGAUCCUGCGGAGCCGGCAGUACAAUGACCAUCGUAUCCCACGCAACGAUCGAUACUUCGUCGGGCAGAAACGGCUGAUAUUCGACAGAGAUCGAACGUUGAUAUCGACCCUAGAAUCUCAAUCGAGGGCGGGAAUUGCCAACGUAGCCCAGAUCGAGGCAGAAUUUCCCGAUCCGGAAGGGGGACAUCCAUCUACGCCAUCGGAAAAUCCCAACGUCGAUCGAUACCGGAGCGGCGAUGUUGGGGGCAGCAGGAUAACAUGCCGGACCAGGCCACCAAUCGGACAGACACCAAGGAUAUCAAUACGGGAGCAUGCCGGACCAGGCCACCGAUCGGACAGACACCAAGGAUAUCAAUACGGAAAAUCGGACUGGCACCAAGGAUAUCGAGCCAAAAACGGGAAAUCCGAACUGUCAAACCCUCAAACCCAGAUCAAACUCGAUCCCGGUGAAGGAUUCGACGUAAAAUCCCCGAUCCACCCGACCAAGGGCGUCGAACUACGAGAUCCGCUGGCGGAAGGAGCACCGACCACCCCACAGAAUCCUGAGGACGAUGAUGAGAUAUACUAUCGUGGGGAUCUUACAGCUGAAGAUCUCGAGGGAAACCUCGCUGUCCUCCCCGAAAUUCCGAUCUCGACGACCGCGAAGGUCAGCAUCGAGGAUCUGCAGACUCCGGAUCGGCCACACCAGGAGAUCAAGAAGUUCCGUCAGAUCAUUUGGAAGAAGCGACACCUCCUGAUCGGCAAAGGGAACGCCCUAUCCCCAGCGGCCAGGGGCGUCGUGUGUGACAUCGAUAUCGGGAAUGCGAAACCGAUCGUACUGCGAACCCAGAAAGUACCCACGCGAUUUCGAGAAAAAGUCGCAGGCCUGAUCAAGGGCUUCUUGGCAGCCGAGAUUAUCCGACCCUCGACAUCGCCAUUGGCCUCACCGAUCGUGAUUGUCCGCAAGAGCAACGGAGUAGAUAUCAGGUUAUGCAUCGACUACAAGCUGGUAAACAGCCUCACGAGGUUGAUGGCCUACCCUAUGCCCCUGAUCAGCGAUCUGCUCGAGGACCUUGAUAAGGCGUUAUGGUAUUGCUUGCUGGAUAUGGCCAGUGGCUUCUGGGUCGUGCCCAUGACAGAUCGGGCUCGCGAGAUCUCAGCAUUUAUCACCCCGUUUGGAUUAUUCGAAUGGAGACCUUUUGGCCUAAAGAAGCAGAUUUAUCAACGCCUCGUAGACAAUGCGCUGUAUGGAUUUUUGAAGAUCUCGCAAGCCGGCGACGCUGGAGCCACAACGGACGUGUUCCAGACAGGGAUUGCGGACGAUCCUGAUCGCGAGUCGGUGUUGGGACGGAGAUCAUACAUUGACGACAUCAUGAUCGCAGCGGGAUCGUGGGAUCAAAUGGUGGAAGAUCUGUUGGAGGCUUGCGAUAAGUGGAACUUGUCGAUCAGUGUAGCCAAGAGCUUCUGGGGCAUGGAUAAGGUGGGAUAUCUGGGACAUCGAGUGUCGAUCGGAGCUCUGGAGGCGAACCCAAAAGCCCUGAAAUCUCUUACCGAUCUGCCAUUCCCCGGAUCACUUCGAUUUAUGCAGUCAUUCCUGGGUAGUUUGAAUUACUACAGCCGAUUCAUUGAAAACUACGCUAUUUAUGCCUCGAUGCUAUAUGAACUACGCGAGGUGGAGUUUGCAGAACUGGAGAAACGAUCGGAUCUAAGGAAAAUCAUGGACCAGAACGACCCGAUUGCACGGGAUCACGGUCCACCGGAACUGCAGCUGACGGAACCAUUAGAUGAGAGGUGGAUCAGAGCGCAAAUGGCCUUCAUCACCCUGAAAAUCAAGAUCGCGACGACCCCAAUUCUCCGCCACUUCGACAAGGCGAGAACGCCGGUAGUUGUUGUAUAUGCCAGUGAUUGGGCAAUAUCCGCUUCGUUGACGCAAGAACAGAAAGGGAUCUACCAUCCGGUUGCGUUUGCAAGCCGCACCCUGAAGACGAACGAGCUGAAUUACAAUGUGACCGAAAAGGAGGUGUUGGCAUUGCUGAGGAUCUUGGAUCUCUACUACAAUUUACUAGUGGGACGCGAGAUCCGGGACGCGAGAUCCGGGUCCAAACGAGGCAUUCCACGAUUACAGGGUCGCCUAGGGCAAUGGUCAGCUCUCCUGGUCCCGUGGACUCUCGAGAUCACGAAGUGCAUGAGAGGCGAGGACGAGAUACUGGGAGCGAUCGCUGCCAGCAUCACGCCGAGGGCGAAGAUGGACGACGCUCUGACCGACAUCGCUCCUCGGAAGGAACCUAAACGCCGGAUCCAAACGCCAAUACCCACCUGUGGAGGGGGUGCGUUCAGCGCGAUCGUGUGGAGUCUGCCCGGAUGGGAGGUGGUCAAAGCUAGAUCGCGCUAUCUCGAGAGUCUCACUGUGAACGAAGCCGAGUAUAACGGCCUGCUCCUGGGACUCGACAUGCUAGGGAACCUAGAUCACAAGCGCCUAGUCAUCUGCGGUGAUUCCAACUUAGUGAUCCGACAAGUACGGGGCGAGAUCGAUUGCAUAGCGCCCAGGCUGACGCUAUUGAAGCGGAAGGCCCUCGAUCGCCUGAGGAAAUGGAGCGAUCAUGAACUAGUACAUGUGAAUCUAGCGAGUGCCGCUUUGCAACGACAAGGCGGGAUCGAGGUUCAAGGAGGACCCGAAUACCAAGGCCUGGUCACCUUGAGCCGGUUGGACGAAAUCCUGAUUCCCAAGACCGAGGCCCCGGUCGGUCACCACCCGAGCUUCUCGAGUAAGAUCACCCGUGGGAGUCAUGCGAGAGGACCUGAUCCGGGAGAUUCGAGUCGAUCGGAUCAGGCAGGCCAGGAGAAGGAAGUCUGGAUCGCAGGUAUGAAGAAAUAUCUGAGUGGCUCGAUCGCCGACCUCACACAAGCAGAAAAAAGGUCGUACGGCAAGAUCACGGCCGACUAUGAGGUGGAUGAGCAGGAUCUACUCUUUUAUUGCCCACCCACCCCGAGAACGGUGGAGGACCGCGAUCGGUUGUUGAGACUGGUGGUGCCCGAAACAUUGCAAUCGGACGUGUUACACCACUAUCACACUACGCUGGGAGGAGGACAUCAGGGAGUGGGGUCGUACCUACCAGCGGAUCAGGGAUCACUUCCACUGGAGAGGAUUAUAUCGGAGCGUCCAGCGAUAUGUGGGGGAAUGCGUGGACUGAAAACCGGUGAUCGGGGUGAAUCACCGGGGAACUUGCAGGCGACGUACCCGUUCCAGAUCAUUGCCAUGGCAUAUACCGUCGCUGCCCAGAUCCCACAAGGGGAAUACCGAGUUAUUGAUCUGGGUCGCUCUGUUCACGGGAUACGUGAUCGCGAAAGCCAGCUCGUCCCGAUCGGCCCAGACGGUCCCGGAAUCGUACGAAGAGUGUGUAUCUCGAUGGUUCGGAGCCAGCGAAAUGAUCCGGCAUGA